GAUGAUGGAUGACAUCAAAAGAUUGUUUAAUUGCCAAAUUUGCUGCUUUUUAUUUGUUUUCAUUGUUAAAUCUUCUUUAAAGGCGACAAAGAGGUUGUGAAUAGAGUCUCCGAGGGUUUGCUAACUUUUGGGAAGAAGGGUUGAAAUGGAAGGGGGUUCCAGCAGCAAGUUCAAGAGGGUAUGUGUUUUCUGUGGAAGUCACCCUGGUCGCCGAGAAGUCUUCAGUGUUGCUGCUACUGAAUUGGGAGAUGAAAUGGUGAAUAGGAAGAUAGACUUGGUUUAUGGUGGUGGAAGUGUUGGUUUAAUGGGUAUGAUAUCUCAGAGAGUUUUUGAUGGAGGCUGCUAUGUUCUUGGGGUCAUUCCCAAAGCUCUUGUACCUCUUGAGAUUUCUGGUGAAACCGUUGGAGAGGUACGAAUCGUUUCCGAUAUGCAUGAAAGAAAAGCCGAAAUGGCUCGAGAAGCUGAUGCUUUUAUUGCACUUCCAGGAGGUUAUGGAACUAUGGAGGAAGUAUUAGAGAUGAUCACAUGGUCGCAGCUCGGAAUUCAUAAAAAACCCGUUGGUUUUCUAAAUGUCGAUGGGUAUUACAACAAUUUGCUCGCAUUAUUUGAUAAUGGAGUUGAGGAAGGUUUCAUCAACCCGGGUGCUAGGCACAUUGUUUUAUCGGCUUCAAAUGCAGUCGAUUUGUUGACAAAGAUGGAGCAAUACACGCCUGCGCAUGAUCAUGUUGCACCUCACGAGAGUUGGCAGACGGAGCAACUGGGGAACUAUCCAAGCAACGAACAUGAUUCAAACUGAUUUUGUCCCCAACAAUAGGUACCAAUCUCGCAUUGAUUCCUCAAAUUUGCAUUUGAAGAUUGAAUUUGUGUGCUGGAAAUCCGUGUUGCUUAGCGGGUUCAGCUCUAUGUGCUCUUUUCCGUCUAGUGUGGGUUUGAUUGUGAUCGAAAGGAUCAACUACCGUAUGAUUCAUUGUUAUCUCUGCUGUUUUCUCUUUUGAGACAGCCAAAAACGCAUGAAAAGAAAAAAACGGUCCAUUAGUCUCCAAUUCUUGGUGAACAAAUUUCAUCGAGAAAUCGGAUAUUGUGCGAUUUAGUGACUCAAAUAUCAAUGAAUUUGUUGUGUUCGUAUAAUAAUUGUGAAUUCUCUUCUUUCUUUACUCUA